AUGAGUAAAGCUGUAGAGAGGCCUCGUAAAGUUACGAUAGCCAAAUUGAAUAAAAUGAGAAGACAGAAUCACCCUAUCACCGUAUUAACAGCCUAUGAUUAUCCAACUGGAUUGACGAUUGAGAAAACUCACCACAAUCAUUUAAAUGGUAUAGAUAUUGCUCUAGUUGGUGAUAGUCUAGCAUUUACAGCAUUGGGAUAUUCAUCAACGUCUCAGUUAACCCUUGAUGAAAUGAUACAUCACUGUAAAGCUGUUACACGUGCAGCUACCACACCAUUCGUAGUCGCUGAUAUGCCAUUCGGUACAAUCGGUGUCAGUGACGAAGAAUCAGUGAGAGCUGCACUCAGAUUAGUACAAGAAGGUGGUGUUGACGCUGUUAAAAUAGAAGGAGGUUUAAAACAAGCAAAAACGAUAGAAAAAGUUGUUGAUGCGGGUGUACCGGUUAUCGCGCACGCUGGCUUACAACCACAGCGUGCUACGCAAACAUCAGGUUUUAGAGUACAAGGCAAAACUCCCAAGAGUGCUUUAUCAAUUGUACAAGAUGUGAAAGCAGUUGAGAAAGCGGGUGCAUUUGCUAUCCUACUGGAAGCUAUACCACCAAAUCUCGGUAAAUUCCUAACUGAGAUGGUUCAAAUACCUACAAUUGGUAUUGGAGCAGGUAAUUCCACUUCUGGUCAAGUACUCGUUCAACCGGAUAUGUUAGGCAGUUUCGACGCUUUCAAACCGAAGUUUGUUAGGGAAUUUGGAAAUGUUGGUAAGGUGACAAUGGAAGCGCUUGAUGCGUAUGCAGAAGCAGUCAGAUCUAGAGAAUUUCCGUCAAUUCAUGAGUCAUACAAUAUAGAAGAUACUCAAUGGCGUGAGAUUGAGGAAUUCAUUCGUUCACACGAGAACUAA